AGUCAAGGAAGAGCGCGCUCCCGGUUCGCGGCGCCCUUUAGCACCCAGGAGAGCUCGCGCUACAGAUUGUUGUCAAAGGGCCGAACUUACGCGUAGCGCGAGGGCCAGGUGUGUCUGCGGGAAGCCACGCCCACAUUACCUUACAUGGAUAUUAUACUGAAACUUGAUUGACAGGGGGCAGCAGCUGCUCAGCUGCCGAGACAUGGCGGAGCUUGCCGUUUUCUGAGGGAGCUCAUGUGAAAAUUUCCUUACUUUCUCGCUGUUCUUUUUAGCGAAGUAGGUGGGGGGGGUAAAAGACUGAAAGUGCGGGGCGGAUGCAGUUGUAACUGCUUACGAUGGACCUAGUUAGGAAAAAAGGCGAAGCGUAGGACUUUUUUGUGGGAGCUGGGAAAAUGUACUGCUGUUUCUUAGCGCAGUCAACAGCCGUAGGCAACAAAUAUGGCUACUUGUGUCUCUUUCAAUUUGUGAUGAAAAGCUGCUCGGCUCGGCCAUUCAUUGCAAUGGCUGCGGUGGCGUUUUCUUAAAAAGUGACCAGCCCUAGGAGAAAUUCUCGCGUUAAUCGCUGUGGCAGUUCUGGUCGCUUUAGCCGGGAAGGAGGGCGAAGGACGCGGCGAGAAGAAAUGGACCCCAAGCACAAAGAGUUGUUAGAGCAGUGCCACCAGAACUUAGUGGAGUCCAUUACAGAUGCGGAGAGCCUGGUGGAGGAGUUGGCCAAAUCGGGCGCUUUGAGCCAGCUGGAGAGGUACGAAGUGGACAACAACUGCUCGUCGAGCUCAGAGAAAGUGGACCUUCUUCUGAAGAUGCUGGCGAAUAAGGAGAGAGACCAUUUCCAGGAGCUGUGUGUGGCUCUGGAGAAGACCCAGCCGCACCUGUGUUCAGCCCUCUUCGUGAACGGCGGAGGACCUGUGGACCAUUCCUCUGAGAAAUUCGCUUGGCCAGAGUGGCAAAGAUGUAAUACUUCAUCAGAUGACACAGGCAAAACAUCUAACACGUUUUCAGGUUCUACGUACAGCGUGUUGUCCACGAUGCCAUCUGACUCUGAAAGCAGCAGCUCGCUCAGCAGUGUAGGUACGACCGGUAAAGCCUCCUCCCCCCCGCCGGCGCUGACGGACAGCAAGCAGGCCAACGACAAGCUGGAGACGGUGCUGUUCCAGCUACGGCAGGUGACCCGUGAGCGGGAUGAGCUACGCAAACGCCUCGCCCUCUCCUCCCCCGGCACCACCUUCGACGACUGUCGGCCCAAUUCCAAGCUGAGCCACGACUACGAGCGGCUGAAGAUGCAGUGCAUGAAGGCGAUGGCCGACCUGCAGUCGCUGCAGAACCAGCACACCAAGACGCUCAAGAGGUGCGAGGAGGCCGUCAAGGAAGCCGACUUCUACCAUACCCUGCACAGCCGCCUCCUGACUGACCAAUCCCAGCUGAAGGAGGAGAUGGACGCCAUGAAGAGGGACAACUCGCAGCUGGUGCGGGAGCACAACCACCUGAAACAGAACUGCGAGGAGCUGCGGCGGCUGCAUGACGAGGAUCAGAAGGAGGUGGCGGACAUGAGGCUCCAGCAGCAGCAGGUGCUGCGAGAGAACGGGUCGUCGGAGAUCCUCAACAAGCUGUACGACACCGCCAUGGACAAACUGGAAGGGAUGAAGAAAGACUACGAUGCACUACGCAAACGGUACAACGAGAAGACGGCCAACCACAACACGGACCUGAGCCGGCUGGAGAAGGCGGAGGAGGAGAACCGGCGGCUGCAGAAGCAGAUGGAGAUCCUGAUGAAGCAGAGGGACUCCGCCAUCCACUUCCAGCAGCAAUACUCGUCCUCCCUAAGAAGGUUCGACUCAAUCCAGCAGGAACUGAACAAGACAGCGGCUCAGAACAAGGAACUGCAGCGGGAGGUGGACCGCUGGCAGUCGGAGGCCACGCGCUACAAGACGCUGCAGCUGAAGGCGCUGAAGGACUUGGAGAAGUACAAGGAGGAGCGCGACUCGGUGUUCAACGAGUACCGCCUGAUCAUGAGCGAGAGGGACCAGGUCAUCAAGGAGGUGGACAAGCUGCAGUCCGGCCUGGAGGUGGCGGAGGCCAAGCUGAAGAACACCUCAUCUGAGAGGAAGGUGGCCAGCGAGGAGAUGGAAGCUCUGCGCCAAGAGCUCAGCUCGGCGCUGGUGGAUCGAGAUCGGGCCAUCUGCGAGAGGAACGAGCUACUGGAGAAGUACUGCCAUGAAGUUAAGGACAAGGCCGAGGCCCAGAAGGAGCUGAACCAGGCCUGCAAGGACAUCGAGACGGUCAAGGAGGAGAGAGACGUGGCUCGGAAGGAGAGGACGGAGGCCAUCAUCCAGAGAGACCAGUUGUUGCGGGAGUACUACCAGGCCAGACAGAAGCAAGAUUCUGCCACUCUGGACAUGGAGCGAGCCAACAAAGAGAUCGAGAUGCUGAGGAAGCAGUACGAGGCCAUGUCCCAGGAGCUGAAGGAGGCCAUGCAGGAGGCCGAGGUCGCCAAGUGCAGGAGGGACUGGGCCUUCCAGGAGAGGGACAAGAUCGUGGCCGAGAGGGAGAGCAUACGGACUCUGUGCGAUAAUCUCCGGAGAGAAAGGGACAGAGCAGUGAGUGACCUGGCUGAAGCUCUACGUAACCUUGACGACAUGAGGAAGCAGAAGCACGACGCCUUGCGGGAGCUGAAGGAGUUGAAAGAGAAGAUGGAAAACCAGUUGGAGAAGGAGGCUCGGUUUCGUCAGUUGAUGGCGCACAACUCUCACGACUCAGCCAUUGACACUGAUUCCUUAGAGUGGGAGACGGAAGUGGUGGAGUUUGAGAAAGACCGGGAGGACAUGGACUUGAAGGCACUCGGGUUUGAUGUGGCUGAGGGGGUAAAUGAUCCUUAUUUGCCAGGAGACUGUGGAAUAUUUGUCACAAAGGUGGACAAAGGAAGUAUUGCAGAUGGAAGGUUAAGAGUGAACGAUUGGUUAUUGAAGAUUAAUGAUGUGGACCUCACUAACAAGGACAGGAAGCAGGUCAUCAAAGCCGUGCUCAAUGGAGGAGGGGUCAUCAACAUGGUGGUUCGCCGGAGAAAAUCGUUAGGUGGCAGAAUUAUAACUCCGAUACAUUUAAAUCUUGCAGGGCAUAAAGACAGCGGCAUCAGCUUGGAAAGCGGGGUGUUUGUGACGGCUAUAGUGCCAGGGAGUCCCGCUGCGAGGGACGGAGCACUUACCGUCGGCGAUAGACUCAUCGCUAUAAAUGGAAUUGCACUAGAUAAUAAAUCACUGACUGAAUGUGAAGCUCUGGUACGGAACUGCAGGGAAUCUCUAAGUCUCUCCCUGAUGAAGUUCUUUCCACAGAGUUGCUCCGGACAGAACAUCUUCGAGAACCUAAGAGAGUCAGAGAAAUCGUCAAACUGUAGGUUCCACUCUUCCGACUUGCACGUACGCAACUACAAGAACUUGAAACACAACAGCUCGACCCAGACGGACAUCUUCAACCCGAGCAGCGCGGAGGGGAAGAAGGAACCUGCCGAGCCGGAGGAGGCGCCGUUCUGCCACCACAAACCCUUCUCCAUGGGCUCCCUGCACGUGCACUCCCCCCGGCCUGGCGAGGAGCAUGCCGCGAGCUCCUUCACCGGCGACGCCUUCCAGGAGCGCUGCUAUGGCCGCGUGGAGCCUGUCAAGGGCCAGUUCGCCUUCGAGUCCGAGUGCAUGAUGGCAGAGGCGGCGCUGGAGAAGGGACUCCAGAAGCACAGCGGAGGCACGUGGCCCAAAAUGAUGGCGGGGGGCGUGUCGGCGACGGAAAGCGCUCAACUCUCCAUAUUCAAGGUGCCAAAGCCGCGGAAGUCCAUCUUCGAUGCCGAUACCUUCAAGCGGCCCGACACGCCGUCCAAGCUGGACUACCUGUCGUCGUCGCAGUUGCCACCACACUCCCCACAGCCCUCCAAGGAGGCGUCCUCCCCGGCCCCCCCAACUCCCCCCACGCGCAGCGACUCCUUCAAGUUCAAGCACAAGCCACAAACAAGCUCCGCGUCGGACUCCACGAUCACCAAGGGCUCGCCUCCCAGCACCCCGUCCCCAUCCCCCACGACCCUGACUGCGAAGCAAGAGGCCAUGCUGGAUGGGCGCGACAGGAACGGCAACCAUUUCUUCUUGGAGGCCGGUGUGGACUGCAAGAUCCUGCCUUCCAGGAAGUCAUGUGACGACGACGUGGGCCGCCUGAGGGCGGAGGAGCAGGAAGUGAAGAGGCCCCGGCCGAAAUCGGCCCCCGCGCUGCGGCGCAAGAUGACUCCCCUGCAGUUUCCCAUGCCAGCCUUUCAGGUUCAGAGUUACUCUAACGAUGAACAGUCUCCAGAGCCCAACGACAUGGGCCGAUUCUCCCCCAAGCGCUCCCACCGGCACAGCACGGGCUUUGCCCCCCCCGGCUACAACGGAACCAUCUCAGCACACUCUGCACACCGAGGCUUGGCUCCGUGCCCUGCGGUAACGGCUGUAAUGAGAAAUCCAAUUUACACAGCCUGGAGUCACCGGGUUCACACUAAUAACUGCUCUGUCCCCAGCCAAAUCUGCCAUCCGCAUUCACACCCCAGCCCCCAGCACCAAGGGCGUCUGAGCUUGGACUUGAGUCACAAGCGCUCCAGUGACUUCACGGAACCGGCUCGCAGUCGGACGCCUCAUGGAACCAACUCCCUGCCCUCGAGCGCUCGACUGGGUUCAUCGAGUAAUCUCCAGUAUAGAACAGAGCGAAUUAAAAUCCCAUCCACGCCACGGUACCCUCGGUCCAUGCUGAGUUCCGACAGAGGCUCGCUGUCUCACUCGGAGUGCAGUAGCCCCAGCCUCAUCACCCCUCCUCAGUCCCCCCUCAACCUGGAGACCACCUCCUUCGCCAGCAGCCAAUCGCAGAGCUCCAUCUCCACGCUGCCCAGAAUAUCCAUCAGCCCCGUUCCCAUGGGAGAUCGUAGGAAGGACAGAUAUCUGUUCCGUAACAGAUCCUUUCUAAGAAUCCCUGUGGCUUCUAGGCCAAGGUUCUCAUCACUGAGAAGCCUGAGGCCUUAUCUGGAAGAGCCACGCAACGUCAUCGUGCACAAGGGCGCAGAGCCCCUCGGCAUCUCCAUCGUCAGCGGAGAGAACGGCGGCAUCUUCGUUUCCAAGGUGACGGGGGGCAGCAUCGCUCACCAAGCUGGGCUGGAGUACGGGGACCAGCUGCUGGAGUUCAAUGGCAUUAACCUGCGCAACGCCACGGAGCAGCAGGCCCGGCUGAUCAUCGGGCAGCAGUGCGACACCAUCACCAUCCUGGCCCAGUACAACCCCCACAUGUACCAGCUCGGCAACCACUCGCGGUCCAGCUCCCGGAUGGAGCCGAUGAGCAAUCAGUCGACCCCCCAGGGAAGUGGUGCCACGACCCCAGACAAUCACUCCACCAUCGACACCCUGAGCGAGCAGGAUGAAGGCACCAUGACUCCCCCCUCCAAGCAGACCACGCCCACCAUUAGCCCCCGCAGCUCAGUCAGGAUGUCUGCAGAGGCUUCCAGGAAGAUCCCCGAGCCGAGGAUGGUGACGUUGAGGAAGACCCAGGGGGAGCUGGGCGUCCAGAUCUGUGGCGGAAACCAGCGUGGGAUCUUUGUAGAGAAGCUGGAGGAUAGCAGCCCUGCCAAAGAUGCUGAUGUCCUUUUGCCAGGAGACGUGAUACUAGAGUACAAUUCAGUUAGCAUGAAAAAUAAAACUGCCGAAGAAGCGUACCUUGAAAUGUUAAAACCUGCAGAGACUGUCAUGUUGAAAGUUCAGCACCGUAUCGAUGAGUUUAAAAUGUUUAAAGACACUCCAGGAGAUGCAUUCUAUAUAAGAGCACUUUAUGACAAGGCUGCUGAGAUGGAGCAGGAGCUUAGUUUUAAGAAAGAUGACAUUUUAUUUGUUGAAGACACUCUACCAAAGGGCAAUUUCGGCUGCUGGAUGGCUUGGCAACUUGACGAGAAUGCUCAAAAGCUGGAAAGGGGACAAAUUCCCAGUAAAUACAUGAUGGACCAGGAGUUCUACCGGAGAUACAGCGUGUCUGAGAUGAAAGACGAGAACGGCUCCAGCAAAACAUUAUCAGCCGCCGCCCGCAGGUCGUUCUUCCGCAGGAAAAAUAAACACAAACGCAGUGGGUCAAAGGACGGCAAGGAUUUGCUGGCCCUUGACGCCAUAAGCACAGAUUCAAUUCCCUUCAUGGAAGACUGUGUCAGCUUGGCCUAUCAGAGGGUGCAGAAAGUGGAGUGUGCUUCUCCACGACCCGUGCUCAUUCUGGGGCCUUUAGUGGAUGCUGUCAAGGACAUGCUGGUCAAAGAAUCUCCUGGGAAGUUCUGCAGAUGUGUGCUUGAGGUGAUGAAGGCUUCCCAGCAAGCAAUCGAGCGUGGCGUGAAGGACUGCCUUUUUAUUGAUUACAAACGGAGAAGCGGCCAUUUUGAUGUGACGACAGUUGCGUCAAUAAUGGAAAUAACAGAAAAGGACUGUCACUGUUUGCUUGACAUUGCACCUCACGCCAUUGAAAGGCUUCACAGCGUUCACAUUUACCCAAUCGUCGUUUUCAUUCGGUACAAAAACGCAAAACAGAUAAAGGAGCAGAAGGAUCCAGUGUUUCUGCGGGAUAAAGUGUCUCAAAAACAUUCCAAGGAGCAGUUUGAGGUUGCGCAGAAAAUGGAGCAGGAGUACAGCAAGUUCUUCACAGGUAUUGUCCAAGGUGGGAGCCUGUCCUACAUUUGCACUCAGAUCACGACUAUUGUCGAUCAGGAGCAGAAUAAAGUCCUGUGGGUUCCAGACGGCUCGCCGUAGAUGUGGUGAAAGCAACUGCUGAAGCGUGCAGCCUUUGCAUCUGUUUAGAAAGAGAAAAAAACACACACAUACACUAAAACCUUAACUACAUGAAGGGGUACAAUACACUGAACAAUAUUUAAAUAGCAAAUUGUUCACAUUUGUCAGCAUUUUAUUAUUGCAAUCAAUAUAACCUGUAACACAGAGCUUAAGUUACACUUGUCUACAGGAGGAAGUUUAUAUAUAGCACUGAUUUUAUUUUAAAUUUUCUUUUUUGUCUGUUGUUUUUGUCAUACUUAAACAUCUGACUUAGUGAUGCUGCAUUUAAAACACUCGUUUACAAAAGAAGUAUUUUUAUGUAACGCUUACUUGAAUGUGUAGCUUUCCCUUAGUCACUCUCCCAGUUCUGCUCUCUCCUGAACCCCCCCCCAAUUCCUGCCAGUCCCCUCCCUACAUGAAAUUUCCUCAACGGGGUGGAGAUGAUGAUACGUGCAACAUGGAAGUGCCUUUUGAAAACCCAUAGAGCAUUCGACAGCAGGGUAAUUGGGAAGAUGCGAAACGUGCCGGGGCAGUCCUCUAGGGGGCGCACUGCACACUGUUUUAAAUUGACCUUUUCUGUUCUCUCUAAGAUCUUAAUGCCUAACUAGGUAAGGCACCUAGUAUACAGUAGCAAAGGGUAGUCCAGCUCUUAGCAGAGAUUAGCACCACCCCCACCCCCGGCCAUCUGCAUUUGUUUGUUGCUUUUAAUGUAUCUAUUUAAAAACAUCCUUGUGCAAUUUUGCAUGAUUCUUAAACCUUUUUUUUUAAUUUUAUUUUUUUUUUAUUUUCUCCUUGUUUAAUCUGUAUUAGUGUUGUAGAUGUUUUAUUAUUUAAGUGGGUUUUGUAAUUCAAGUAUGUGACACAGUAAAUGUAGUGCGGCAGUUCAUUCGGUCCUCAGUACUAUGUCCCCCUUCUGUAUGUCGUGCCAAACUCCUCCAUAUGUUCUGCUUUAGUUUUGCACUUGUAAGUCUGUGAACCCUUCCGAGUCGCAUUUAGAUAUCCAAUCAUUUUUAUCACGUUCUAGGUACUAUAGUCGUACUGUACAAGCAAGUGUAAUUUUGAGUAUAUCACGAGUUCCUAGCAUUUCAGCAUUUCCGCGGCAUGAAAUUGCCUUUCACACAUACAUCAACUGAAGAAAGUAGACUCCUCCUUAUAUGAAAAAGGGAUGUUUUCUUGCACAUUGUCCGUUUUAAGCAUUUGGGUUAAUUAGAAGUCCACAAUUAGAAGUAACUUUAAGGUCAAACUUUGUGCUAUAUUUUUCACAUACUUUUCUCAUGUGAGGGAUACAUUUUGGUUUCUCUGUAGACCUGGGUGAAAUACAACAAAAGACAGACAGGUACUGUUCUGAUUGGGAUUUUCUUUCUUAAAAUAUGAUUUGUAUCAAAUGUUAUGAAAUUAAUAUGAGAAUAAAAGUCUUUUUUUCUGUACCACUAAAAUUUUGAAAUUUAGGUGUUCCGUUAAUCAGCACCAUAUGGCCAAGUCGCACCAUAUGUGUAAAUGACGAGGCUGCUAAUAGUUUUAUGUAUCUUUUUUUUUUUUUUUUUUUUGGCUUCUUAAACACAUUUGCCUGAAAAUUUGUAUUGAGAUUUUAAGCACUGGGCCACUUGUUAAAGUAUGCAUAUUGUUCUUUAGGUUUAUAUACACAGGUUCUCAAAAAUGAACUCAUUUGGUAUUUGAUACUGUAUCAUAAUGUUCUUUGUGUUUAAUGACCUAAACAGGAGAAUUUCUGUGUAAUCGUGAGGAACAUCUUUCAAUGCAAUUCCUUUGAUUUGAAAGCCCCCCCCCCAUUUAUAGUAAGGGUGGUAACUGAUAACUGAUGGAUGGGUUAGACAGGAGCGUCUCUUCUGCAGGUUCUGCCUGUUGGGGGUCACUCAAGUCCUGACAUUUAACCUUGGAUCUUGUGUUUUUUUUUUUUUUAUAGACUGACAUGCCCAGAUUAUAUGUGGUUAAAAAUAGUGGUUUUAUUUUUAUUUGCAGCUUUCUAAUACCCUACAUAUAUAACUUUAAAGUGUAAAAUUUAAAUGAUAUUGAUAUAUGGAAUACCAGUGUGGGAAGUCUCUGCAUUGGACCACUGAGGCACUGAAUCAUCAGGGAAGAGCUUUGUCAGGAGACCACUAGUGGAGACGUGAGAAACUAGGCCUCAGGCUGGACUGUCUUUGGAGCAGUCUUGGAGCACGCUUUGGUCUCCUGCAUCUGUGUGGGCGAUCCUGGAACAGGGCCAGACGAUGCCUAUAACCAAAGAACUGGUAUGUAAUAACCUUCAAGAAAGUUAGUCUAGAAUGUCAAUACCACAUUCCUCCAUAUAUGACGUAGGGGCAGAGUUGUAUCUGUCCCCAGAAGAGUGCUUGCUUUUUAAGAGACAAAGGAUGCUAUUUCACAACUCCUCCACAUGAAUAACAACACCGUAACACAUCUGUCAGUGCUCCCUUAGCCAAGGCUUCCAGUGAAGGGGCAUAAAACCUACCCUGUAAAAGCUUUUGGUGUAACAGGGGGGCCCUGUCUCCACUCCAGUUUGCUGUAUGAAGAUUUCCUUGCCGAACCUGUCCCAUCAUACUCUCCCAGACACUCGACAGAUCUAAAGGGCACCAGCUUAGUGCAAUUAGGAAAUGUCUGCUUCGAAAGGUUAGCUUGCAGUGUUGACAGUGGACAGGAAUAAUGGGCCCCACACAGGCAACUCUUUUGACCUGAGAUUAGUGAUGUUUUAUCAUAUCUGUGUGUGCAGGGGAAAUUGUGGUUAAACACUUGUUCCAUCCUUUUUAUAGGUACAGUAUGCUUUUACUGACAAAGGCAUAAUCACAUAGGCCCACAACCUUUAAUACCAUGACAAUGAAAUAUCUGUGCUGACUGAUAAUGUUUCUCAACUCCGUCCUCAGGAACUGACUUGACAGUCUACCUUUUUGCUCUCUCUCAGGUCACAGCACACCUGUACCAGGGAUUAGAUGCUCUUGAUUGUGUUCUUGAUGUUCAGGUGUGCUGGGAAGGAGCAAAAAUGUGGACUGCCUGGUGGACCCCUGAGGACUGAGUUGAGAAACACUGCUCUGUUGCAGGGGUGGGGAUCCAUGGUGGGCCGGUGCGGGUUUUUGGAAUGACCUCUCAAUCGGCUAAUAAUUAAGCAGCAGUUCUCAACUGCAGUCCUGGGGGCCCAGUUAUUGGCUGAUUGAGGACCAUCGCAAAGACUCACACCCAUACCAACCCUCCAUAGAACAGGUUCCCCACCCCUGUUAUUGAGUGAGUUUUAAGGAUAGCCUAACCAUGGGGUGCUGGUAUCCAUCAGGUUUUCUGUCAUACUUGAGGAGUUAUCUGUCUAGACCAGGUGUGGUUCAUCUAAGACCGGGUAGGAUAGAAAACCUGCUGGAUGCCAGCACUGCAGCAUCAGAGCUGCCUACACUUGGCCUAACUUGUAAUGCCCUUUGUCCACUAGGCACAUCCUUGUUUGGAUGAUUAGUAUUUUCAGGGAGACGAACCAUUUGAUGUGCAUUUGUUAGAGGGAAGUUGGGAGCUUCCAGAGGCAAUUAGUGUUUGCAUUUGUAAACAUCACCUUGGGAAUGGAGAUUGAGGGUCUGGUUGGAAUAAGGAAAUCGGCACUGGGUGGAAGAACCGAGGCAGCGAGGCUGUGUGGAGGUCUCCAUGCCUAGUGCCAUUAACAGGAGUGAGGAGAAACAUCUCAACCCCCCUUCAGCCAUAGAGGGUACAUCACGCAUGCCUUUGUCCUGUGCUCUCCACCCCUAUAAUCACUGUGCAGACAGUAGUGCAGUCACCAACCUCGAGGCAAUUGACUGAAUCUGUUAGCAUAAAGUGCAGACAAGAAAGGACCUGGUGAAUUGGGUGUCAUACCUAUACAAUCAAUUAAAACAUUCGUAUGCAUCCCGGUAUCAGUGUUUUGUCUGUGUAUGUGUGUGUGUGUGUGUGUGUGUGUGGCAUGUCUGUUGGUCACAUACAACCUGAUGUUGUGGUUCAGACCUGCAUCUCCAAAUUCCCCGUGAGUCACUUGCAUCUUCUGGUGGCUCUGAACACUGUUGAUGGUUGUGAUGUGCAGUGAAAUUAAAGGUGAGAAAAAGCUUAUAUACUUUAAUUGCAACAUUUUACACAUUUUGGAAAAAGACUAUUUUCUGUAUGCUGGUUAUUUUUAUCAAAUAUAAACUGUAAUAAAUGUGUGUAGUUUUUUUAACAGAA